UCAAAAGACACAAAGAUGAAAUGUCAGAAAGAAGUAAAUGCAAUUGUCAAGUUGAUCAUGUCGGAAAGCAAGCCUGGCGUAUCGUUUGGUUUUAGUUCCAAACGGAAACAUGAAAACGUGAAACUUACUCAGUCAAAACUGCUGGAUUCCACGCAAGAAAUCCGUGAAGAGACUGAUUUUAUUAAAACGGUUGAACACAAUAAAAUCAAUGGAUCUGUAAAAAAACCCAAAAAAAAGGAAUUGGUGAUCCCACUUAUAUCGAAGAAUAGGUGGAGAAUUCCUGGCACAGCUAACGAUGGAAAAGCAGAAAAUUCAGAACCUUCUGAACUUGACAAGCAGGCAGAAAAUGAAAUUCUUCAAGAGACACUGAAAGCUGUUGAUGGUUGGGAGAAUAGAGGCAAUGGGGUACCCUCCAACAUCGAUAUUCCACUAUUCAUGCAAAAUCGUGUUCCAUCUGGAUUCGAAACAGAUGAAAAAGUUGAUGUUACCCUUCGUGCUGACCAGUCUACGCUAGACGAUUAUGAAGCCAUCCCAGUAGAAGCAUAUGGAAUGGCUAUGUUGAGAGGAAUGGGUUGGAAAGCUUCAGAGGGUAUUGGCUUGUCAAGAAAAGGAGUGGCUGCUCCCAUGGAGGUAAAACUUCGUCCAAAAGGUUUGGGACUGGGUGCAGACCGGACUGUCCUGGAGAAUGCAGCUAAAGCCUUAACAAAACCAAAAGAUGGUGAAGAGGAGCUCAAAGUGAUUGUAGGUGCUAAUGUGCAAUUACUUAGUGGGAAACACCAAGGCUUAUAUGGACAGGUUCUCAGCAUGGAUGCCAAUACUGGUCGCGCCCUCGUUCGGAUGGCUGUGGGAAGCAACGAAGUUGAAAUAAGCGAGCUCUUUCUCAAGCCAGUGACCGUGAAAGAAUACCGAGAUUCUGCCAGAGUGCUGAACAAGGAAAAAUACGACGAGUAUAAGACUAAACAAGAAAAGGAACGAAACGAGAAAGAAAAAAGAGAUCGUGACAGCAGAAAGAAGCGGAAACAUAGUCGGAGUCCUAGCCACGGGAGUCGCCGCCGAAGCAGCAGUCGAGAGAGACGAGAAAUUCGAGAUGACAAGAAAGAUUCACGCUCAAAGAAGCCCUCGAAAAGUUCGGACGAGAAAGAGCCUUGGCUUCACCCACUCUUGCGAGUGCGUUGCGUCGAUUCAGGUUUCAAGGACGGCCAAUUCUACAAACAGAAAAUGGUGGUCGUGGACGUGGUUUCGAAGAAUCAUUGUAUUUGCAAAACAGAAAGUGGUCGACUUUUAGAAAAUAUUUCGAUUUCAAAGUUAGAGACCGUUAUACCACGCAGUGAUCCUGCCUACGUGAUGGUUGUCAAGGGCAAACGGAAAGGACAGGUCUGCGAAGUGAUUGAGAGGGACAAAGAGCGAUACACGGCUACUGUCCAGAUACUGCCGGAUCGCGACGAAGUUUUCCAGUUAGAUUACGACGAUAUAUGCGAAUACACAGGCGACGUGCGGAAUUUGUAAUCAAACAACACUCAAACUUGUUUUUAAUGUCAAUAAAAUUGCUAUUCGUGUUUUCUUUUCUAAA